GACAGACAGCGGCAGAGACAGACAGACAGCGGCAGGGAGAGACAGCUUCAGGGACAGACAGACAGAUACUGUCGGGACAGACAGAUGAAGAUCGCGUGAAGAAGUGUCUGGAGACGGAGUUGUAGAUGCCUGAAGUCGUCGUGUGUUGCCCUGGAGAAGCCUGCGACACACACACACACCGUCGUGUGUUGCCCUGGAGAAGCCUGCGACACACACACACACCAUGGCUGAAAACAACACACAUCCCAUCCUGGAGCUCCUGCAGUCAUUCGAUUUAAGGGACCUGAUCUUGGCCUUCUGCUUGUCGAUGGUCGUGGGUCUGCUCCUGGGCGCUCUGGUCUACAUGGUGCUGACCUGGAUGUCUCGCCGCCAGGCGUCCGCCAGCAUCACCCGCCGGGCGUCGUCUCGCCCGAGCCGCUCCACCACAGCAGCCCGAUCGGCGUCGUCCCCUCGCUCUCGCCCGGGAUUCCACCGCAGCAGCAGCAGCGGGUACGAUCGCCGUAGCAACAACAGCCUGGCCAGCGCCGCCUUCAGCUUCCACCGGCAGGGCUCCUCCCCCCCGGACCAGGCCGACGCCCUCCUGGGACGCAAGUCCAGCUUCCGCGCGUCCACCUUCCACCCGCUGCUGCAGGUCAGCCAGAUCGCCCGCGAGGCGGAGGAGGGGGGCGGCCACCAGACCCCCCGCACCCUCACCCUCACCCGCACGCCCACCACCCUCAGUGCUGUGAACACCAGCUCCGCCUCCACCUCACCCAGCGCCAGCAAGCCCCGCCCAGGCUCCGCCUCCAGCCCGCCCAGCGCCAGCAAGCCCCGCCCAGACUCCUUCUGGGGCAACAGUGGCCUCAGGAUUCCCCACCCCUCUCAGACCCCUCCCCCCGCCUACGAGAGCAUCAUACGCGCAUACCAGGAGACCUGCACUUGAGGAACCGGGUCACACACACACACACACAC